AUGGCCUAGGCUCUUCGGCCCCGGCCCCGGCCGCAAUGUCCUCUUUGCCCUGCCCCCUCCCUGGCCGGGAUGCCUCCAAAGCCGUCUUCCCGGACAACGCCCCCGUCCCAUCCGUAGUGGCGGCCUACCCUCUAGGCCUGUCUCCCGCAACCACAGCCGCCUCCGAUUUGCCCUACUCUGGGCUGUAUGGCCACCUCCUGCCCUAUCCCUACACCAGGCCGGCUACCCCCGGAGACGCCUACCUGACCUGCCAACAACCCGCGGCGCCCUCUCAGCAGCAGCGGGAGGCAGACUCCAACGAGAAGCCGCAGCUGUCCCCGGAGCCCCCGGAGCGGCGCCCGCAGGCCCCGACCAAGAAGCUGCGCAAACCGAGGACCAUCUACUCGAGCUUGCAGCUGCAGCAUCUAAACCAGCGUUUCCAGCACACGCAGUACCUGGCGCUGCCCGAGAGGGCCCAGCUGGCAGCGCAGCUCGGCCUCACCCAGACCCAGGUAAAGAUCUGGUUUCAGAACAAACGUUCCAAAUACAAGAAGCUCCUGAAGCAGAACUCUGGGGGACAGGAAGGGGACUUCCCCGGUAGGCCCCCCUCCUUGUCUCCCUGCUCCCCACCCCUUCCAUCCCUUUGGGAUCUACCCAAGGCAGGGGCCCUGACCACUGGGGGCUAUGGCAACAGCUUUGGAGCCUGGUAUCAGCAUCACUCCCCAGAUGUCCUGGCUCCUCCUCAGAUGAUGUGAGUGAGCCUGGGGAAGGGUGGGUUGGGCCCCCAGCCCUCCUACAAAGCUCAGGACCCAGCCCACCUGUACCCCUUCUGGGCCAGGAGGAAACCAGCUCCAGAUGGGUUUUCUCAGGCGGACGAGGAGCUAGAGGAGAAAAAGAAUGGGAUGGAUUCCUGUCCCCCUUGUCCCAUAACCCAUACAGUCUAAUCAAGAACUUUGGUCUUAGCUACUGCCCCCCAUCACUACCAUGGACUGGAUACCAUCCCUGUAGCUGGUCAAAGGCUCUGGAGAAAGUCACUGGCUGCAGUUCAGUGCCCCCACUACCCCUAGUCUUGACACCCCUUCCUUGAAAGGACUGCAGUCCCACCACAGCCUAAGGUCAAAACCAGCAAGAAACACUGAGGGUUUUUUUCUUUGUGUGCCUUGGGCUUUGCCCAACCCAUUUGUGAGCAAGAGCAGAAAUGAAGUAGAUAUCCAGUCUUCAAGUUGACCACCAUCAGGUCCCACCCACGAAUUUUUCCUGGAGGUCAGCCCAUCAUCCCAUAAUUGAUACACCUAUUCGCCCUCCUGUGAUGGAGAGGGAUGCUGAAAAUGUGGAGUUUGCAGGCCUAUGGGUAAUUUAUACUCUCUUCCUUAACAAGCCCUCUUUUCUCCAUGUCUAUGGUUUUGAGUAGAUAAUGGAUUCAAUUAUCCAUAUAAUUCAACAAGUAUUUAUUAAGAGCCCCCUCCCCCCAUACCGAACAACCCCACAUGCACAUACUCUUGGGAACACAGCAGGGUAACACUUUGGGCAGAAUGGGGACAAACUGACUCUCUGGAUGAGUAUAAGUAGAGACACCCCAAAUAGGUGGGGUGGGCUCAUCAAUUCAGCUUCUCACGGCUGUAUCUGUCUAAACAA